CUGCCGGAACUCACUCGUUCAUACUCUCUAUCAAGCAACGAAGUUGAGGAGGACAGUUCGAAGUGAAAUUUGUGGUACGAGUUUGCACCUUUUUGGCGUUAUAUGGGUUUUUAGCAGAUAAAAAAGGUUGGUUUGUGGGUUUAAUUGGGAUUAAUUUCUAAUGUCUCUUCUAUUUAUGCUUUGAGAAUUGUGGGUUUAUUUGGGAAAGUUCUAGUUUGGUAAUUUUUGAAGAGGGUGUGUGUGAUUGAGAUUGAUGGAAGACAACUUAGGUUCAGAUUCGGUUCCUUCUGGUCCUAUUGACAAAUCAAGGGUUUUGAAUGUUAAGCCAUUGAGAUGUCUUGUUCCAAUUUUCCCAUCUGGUUCAUCUGCAACACCACAGUCUUCACCAUUUGCAUUUGUAUCUCCAACUGGUUCAUUUCCCCCUGGAGUUGGACACUUUUACCCCUUUGCUACAAAUGAGUCUCAGAGGCAAGCCAAUGGACCCAAUCAUGGAAGAUCUUACCCCAUCCCUUCACCAGUCCCUUUGAAUUCCUUUAGAACACCAGCCUCAGCAGCAACCAAUGGUGGCAAAGGGACGUCGAAAAGGAGCUCCAAGAAUCAUGGAUCAUAUAACGAUGAAUAUAUUCAAAAUGAUGGUUUUGAGAACGGUUUCAUUGUGGAUAUGGGGGAUAGCAGUGAUGCCAUCAGGCAAAAACGUAAAAUCCGCAAAAGUAUGAGAGGUACACAAGCGGUGGCUGUUUCUAGUUCUGAGGUUGACAUUGAUCCAUUGGUUAAUCAUCUCUUGAGAUCUUUCAAUCUUGUGGACAUUGACCCAUCUCGACAAGCUGAGAGUGAUAACGAUUUGGUCCAACGUGUGGUCAUCGUCUAUAAUUUGCUGAGGAGAAAGAUAAUACAACUUGAUGAUUCAAAGGGAGUUAUACCCGGGAUUUCAAGACGGGCCGACUUGAGGUCAGGCACAAUCUUGAUGAAUAAGGGAGCUCGGGCUAAUACCAAAAGACGGGUUGGCGCUGUUUCUGGUGUCAAUGUUGGUGACGUUUUCUUUUUCCGAAUGGAGCUAUGUUUGGUGGGAUUGCACGCUCCUAUUAUGGCCGGAAUAGAUUACCUGAGUUUUAAGGUCAGUGGUGAUGAAGAGCCGAUAGCUGUCAGUAUCGUUUCCUCCGGCGGAUAUGAAGAUGACGGAGAUGAUGGGGAAGUUCUAGUUUAUAGUGGUCAAGGUGGUGUUCAAAGAAGUGAUAAACUACUGAUGGAUCAAAAGCUUGAAAGGGGUAAUCUUGCUUUGGAAAAAAGCUUGCACCGAGCUAAUGAGGUACGGGUUGUUCGUGGUCUUAAGGAUGUAGCAAGUGCAACAGGAAAAGUAUAUGUCUACGAUGGCGUAUACAAAAUCCACGAAUCAUGGAUCGAAAAAGGGAAAUCUGGUUGCAAUGUCUUCAAGUACAAAUUGAUUAGAGUUUCUGGUCAACCUGAAGGAUUUACGUUAUGGAAGUCAAUUCAGCAAUGGAGAGAUGGUGUUACCACACGGGUUGGGGUUAUCCUUCCCGACCUUACGUCUGGCGCCGAAAAUGUACCUAUUUGUCUUGUAAACGACGUAGAUGACGAAAAGGGACCCGCUUAUUUUACGUACUCUCCCAGUCUCAAGUAUUCAAAACCAUAUUCUUCUUCCAAAUCUUCGUUAAACUGUAGAUGUUCAAAUGGAUGCCAACCUGCCACCAACUGCCCUUGCAUCGAAAGAAAUGGUGGAUAUCUUCCAUAUUCGACGGCUGGUGUUCUUCUGAGUCAUAACUUAUUGGUUCACGAGUGCGGUUCUUCUUGUUUAUGCCCUCCUAGCUGCAGAAACCGAGUUUCCCAAGUAGGUCUAAAACUCCAUUUAGAAGUGUUCAAAACAAAGGAUAAGGGUUGGGGACUUAGGUCGUGGGAUCCCAUCCGAGCUGGAGCAUUCAUAUGUGAAUAUGCAGGUGAAGUGGUUGAAAAUGGAAAUGAUAGUGACGAUAACUACAUAUUUGAUGCUACCCGUUCUUUUGAACCGCUUGAACCAGUGCCGACUGACGAGCCCGUAAAGCUUCCGUUUUCCCUAAUCGUCAGUGCCAAAAAUAAGGGAAACGUGGGUCGUUUUAUGAACCAUAGCUGCUCACCUAACGUCUAUUGGCAACCAAUUUUGCGUGAAAACAACCGAGAAUCAUAUCUCAAUGUUGGAUUUUAUGCAUUCAAGCACAUUCCUCCUAUGCAGGAAUUAACAUUUAACUACGGAAUUCCGAGGGAUCAGAAACCUGGACCACGAAGAAAUAAGUGUUUGUGUGGAUCGACAAAGUGCAAAGGUUACUUCUACUAGCCGUCUGCAUGAAGUUAGCAAAGUUGAUGUCUCUUGUAAAAGGUUAGCGUUCUCGUUUUACGUCUAGUAAGUUGUUUAGUGCAUUUUUUUGGGUAUUUGCUACAUUUUGGUGUGCUAAUUGUAGGUAAUCUGAAGUCAGUAGCGUAAUAUGGUUUGUUUUCAUCCCUAGAAGUUAAGUUAUCUGAUUCAUCCUUUGCUUAUCUUGAGUACUGUUAACUCUUUUGAUCUAUAAUCCUACAUAAGU